UGUGAGAGAACUUUCAAGAAUAGAUGUGCAACUAGGUUUUGGGUAACUGACAUACUUGUUAAGAAGGUUAGGAAGCUCCCAGCUUUUAGACACAGUGAGGUCUUUAAUUACUUUAAAGCAAAAACUGGAAUACAAACUGUCUAGGACUACAAUUACAAGAGCUUUGGGUGAUGCAAGGAAAAUAGUGAGGGGUGAUGAAGCUGCUGAGUAUGCUAAACUCAGAGAUUAUGCGGAGGAGCUGUUGAGGUUUAAUCCGGGCUCAACUGUCAAGUUAGGUGUUAGUCCAAUGCCUAACGGAGAAGGUGUCUUCGAAAGGUUUUAUGUGUGUUUGCAUGGAUGCAAGAAAGGUUUUGUGGGUGGCUGCAGACCCUUGAUAGGACUUGAUGGGGCUUUUUUGAAGACCUAUUAUGGAGGAUGGCUGCUGUGCGCCAUGGGUCAGGAUGCGAACAAUCAUGUGUAUCCAAUUGCAUGGGCAAUUGUUCAUAUUGAGAACGAAGACAACUGGAAGUGGUUCUUGGAGCUCUUGCAGGAAGACAUUGGAGAUCAGACAGAGCAUGGUUGGUGCUUCAUCUCUGAUAUGUAGAAGGGUUUAAUCCCAGCAUUGCGUGAAGUUAUGCCAGGUGCGCAUCACCGCUUCUGUGCGUGGCACCUUUGGCAAAACUUUCAGAAACAAUGGAAGGACUCACACUUGAAGAGUUUGCUUUGGAAAUGUGUUAGAGCCAUGACUGUCCAGGAAUUCAAUGGACAUAUGCAGUCUAUAAAGAGGGUGAAUGAGAAGGCGUGGGCAUAUUUAGACAAGUUUCCUCGGCAGGCAUGGACCAGGGCUCACUACAAGGACUUUCCAAAGGUUGACAAUGUCUGCAACAACAUGUGUGAGGUGUUCAACGCUGCCACCAAACCAUACAGAUGUAAGCCCGUCUUGACUUUACUGGAGGAGGUUAGGAGGUAUGCCAUGACUAGUAUGGCAAGGAACAAACUGAAACUCUCUAGCCAUAUGGGAUACUUACCUCCGAUUCAACAAAGUAGACUUGCAAAGGAAAGGCAUUACAGCAGGUACUAUACACCAAUGUGGUAUGGAGAUGCGGCUGAAGUGAUGUUUGAAGUGCAUGGUGAACCACAUAAUGUGGUGGUUGAUUUGGGAAACCAAACAUGUAGCUGCAGGUCUUGGCAGUUAUCGGGGUUACCUUGUCGUCAUGCAAUAGCUGCGAUUUCAGUCAUGAAUGGUAGAUCUGAGAAUUAUGUCCAUGCAUGGCUAACAAUGGGCUUAUACAACAAGACUUAUGAGUACCAUAUCAACCCGGUAAGAGGCCAACAGUUGUGGAAAACAUCAGAAUACCUCCAUUGCUUACCUCCUGUAAGGAGCAAACUCCGUGGCAGGCCAUCACAUUAUGCAAGAAAAAAAGAUCAACAUGAGGCACCUGUUUGGGGGAGCCAAGAGCGCACAGCAACAAAAUUGAAGAGAAAAUAUGGCAAAUUCACAUGCGGGACAUGUGGGAAUGUUGGUCACACAACAAGGAGUUGUAGAAUAUCAAAGAAACAAAAGGCUGAUGAGCUAGCAGCUGCUGCAAAGGCUGCUGAAGAUGCUGCAGAUAAGGGUGACACUGGUUCUAAAGGUAACAAAGGUGAGGUUGUUACUGAAGAAUGUGAGGUUGGGGCUGAAGGAGGACAAAUUGAUACUCAAACAGAAGUUGCUGCUGAAGGGGGUCUAGGAGCUGAACAAGAACCUGCAACUAAGGCUGUAAAGACUACAAAGACUGCAAAGAAAGGCCAUCUGAGAACUAAAUGUGAGAGACGCAUAGACAAACUCCCUGUCAAGAGGACAACUUCAUCCACUGCUGCUACUGCUGCGGCUGCUCCACAUCCAACUGAGAUUUCAAGAGAGACUAUUCAGGGAGCUAGUGCAGCAACCUCUGAAAAACUUGCCUCCUUCUUGAAAUUUGUUCCAAAUCCAGGAUCCAACCCACCAAGGAAAACUGUCUAACCAGCACAAAGUGUGGUGGCUUUUUGAGUUCAUGUUGUUGUAGCUGAAUGUUAUGCUUAAAGAAUUCUGCCUUUUUUUAA